AUGGAAGGUACUGAGAACACUGCCGGAAGUAGUACUUUUGGAGGUAAUAAUGUUGGGAAUGAUACAAGCAAUGCUCUCUAUGUACAUCGCUCUGAUAACCCUGGGAUGGCACUUGUUCUAGUCCAAUUUGAUGGCACAGGAUAUCGAUCUUGGAGAAGAGGAGUUCUGCGAGCUUUAUCAGUGAAGAACAAGCUCGGUUUCAUCGAUGGCAGUUGUGAGAAGCCACAUGCAGAUUCGCCUACUUCGCGACAAUGGCAGCGAUCAACGAUAUGUGUUGAGUAUGUCAAUGAUUCAGUAGAUCUUUGGAAAAAACUUGAGGACAGAUACGAUCAAACCAAUGGAGCAAAGUUAUACCAGAUCCAAAAGGAGAUCAAUGAACUCACACAAGGUACUCUGGAUAUUACUAUUUACUAUACUCGAAUGAAGAAACUAUGGGAAGAAUUGAACACUUUGAAUGUGAGAAAUCAGUGCACUUGCAUCUGUAAUUGUGGAGUUAGGAAUGGAAUGCACAAAGCCGAACAAGACAGACGUUUAAUACAAUUUCUGAUGGGAAUGAAUGAAGUGUACACUGUGGUUAGGGGAAUUAUUCUUAUGAUGAAUCCCCUCCCUUCGAUGGCACAAGCUUUUUCGUUACUAAUCCAGGAAGAAAAAUAG